AUGAAGUGCACUUUUGCCGUCGCCCUCCUGGCAGUCGCCGCCUCAGCGGAGCGACCCUGGCUCAACGAGCCCGACACGGGCCUCGAGACCUUCCUGAUGGGCAGCAACUGGACGACGGGAACGCAGCCCCGGCUCCAGGACAUGCGCGCCCUGCCAGACUUUGACUUUGCCGCCCGCAACACCCUGACGGCGCAGCAGUACUCCUUCUACCGGGUCGCGGCGGCCGGCGAGUGGAGCUACCGCAACAACCUCGAGAUCUGGGGCAAGGUGCGGUUCCGGCCGCGGCAGCUGAGCGACGUCACGCGCGUCAACGAGACCAUGCGCACCACCAUCCUGGGCCACGAGUUCAGCGCGCCCUUCUUCGUCGCCCCGGCGGCGAGGGGCGCAUACUGCGACUCGGAAAAGGGCGAGCUCAACAUCGUCGAGGCGGCCGCCGCGGAGGACAUCUUGUACAUCCCGUCCAUGUACGCGUCCAAGUCCAUCGAGGACAUCGCGGCGGCCAAGGCAACCAACGGCACCCUCAACGGCCCUCAGGUCAUCUUCCAGCAGCUCUACACCAACAACAACCUCUCAGUGACGUGGGACAUCAUCUCGCGCGCCGAGAAGGCCGGGUCCAAGGCCAUCGUGUGGACGAUUGAUGCGCCGGGAGAUUCGACGCGGCACCGGGCGGCGCGCUACGACACCACAAACGCCAACGCGGUCACGUCGGCGCUGACGUGGGAGCUGCUCGACGAGAUGCGGGCGAGGACGAAGCUGCCCAUCAUUCUCAAGGGCAUCACGACCGUCGAGGACGCGUUGAUGGCUGUGGAGAAGGGCGUCGAGGGCAUCUAUCUGUCGAACCACGGCGGUCGUCAGCUCGAGUACUCGCCGUCCCCGCUCGAGAUCGCCUACGAGAUCAGGAGGAACGCGCCGCAGGUCUUUGAGCAGGUCGAGGUCCUGGCCGACAGCGGCGUCAGGUACGGCAGCGACGUGCUCAAGCUGCUGGCUCUGGGCGUCAAGGCGGUUGGGUUGGGUCGUCCCAUCAUGUACGCCAACUGCUACAAAGUUCCUGGCGUCACCAAGGCCAUGCAGAUAAUGAAGUCCGAGAUUGCCCAUGACGCCGCUCAGGCCGGCGUUGCAGACUUGAAGAAGAUUGGCCCCAAGCUAAUCAACACUCGUGCACUCGAGGACACUGUUUUCUUGAUGGACUGA